AUGUCUAAGGAAACACUUAUUAAGAGCGCCAAAAAGCAACUUCGAACUUCACUAAAGAAGAAGCUAAUUGAAAUAUCAGCCGAUUCGAUUAAUCUGCAAUCAAUUGGUAUAUCAAAUUCAUUAAUCCAAGUUCCACAGUUUAAGAAUGCUAAAAAGAUAGCGCUUUACAUGAAUAUGCCGAACCUGGAAGCCCAAACUAUGGACAUAAUAAAGCAUUGCUUUGAUGUUAAAAAAGCCUUAUAUUUGCCGAAAUGUAAUGUUGUGCCAUUAGAGGGGAGGAAACGUAAUUACUUAUCCAUGCUUGAAGUUUCAAGUUAUGAAAAUGUCUUACAAUUAGAACCACAAGGCAAAUAUAAUUUGCUUGAACCAAUUUGUGGUAAUGAUAUAAUGGAUACUGGCGAUCUUGACGUGAUUAUAGUUCCAGGGGUAGCAUUCACGAAGCUGAAAAAAAGACUUGGCCAUGGAGCUGGUUUUUACGAUGAGUUUUUAAAUGUAUACCAUAAAAAGUUUAAUAGAAGUCCUUAUUUAAUAGGAAUUGGGUUAGAAGAACAAUUAGUCGAUGAAAUACCUAAGGAAGAACACGACUGGAAUAUGAAUUGUUUGGUGAUAGGUAAUACUGGAGUCAUCCGUUGA